AUUGAUUGUCAAAAAGUAUUUUGAUUUUUUCGUGUAGAGAAGUAUUUUAAUCGGAUUAAAAGGUUCGGAAUUAAUAUUGACAGACACUAUAUUUAACAAUAUAAAAGAAGGGCACCUUAUGUUUUGUUUAGUAAAAUAAAAAUGGCUCAUUUGCAAUAUAUGCCCGGUGACCCUCGAUUAGUCGAUCAAUUAGUGUAUGAAUUAAAAUCUAAAGGAAUUUUUGAUCAGUUUCGCAAGGACUGCAUCGCAGACGUAGACACAAGACCUGCAUACCAGAACUUGCGGCAAAGGGUUGAGAACUCUGUGUCGACAUUCCUGUCUAGACAGACCUGGCAGCCAGAUCUAAAUAAGAAUCAGUUGAGAGAAAAACUCAGGAAGCAUAUAUUGGAUGGCAACUACUUAGAACAAGGAGUGGAAAGGAUAGUGGAUCAAGUAGUCAAUCCCAAAGUAGCAUCAGUCUUCAUUCCAAAGGUUGAAGACUUGGUUUACAAUUAUUUAGGGAUUGCUAGAAAGAAAUCCGUUACUGCUGAAACUUCUAAUGGCAAGAUUGAUGACCUCCUGCCCACUGACCUAGAAGCAGUUAGCCCAGGUUCCGUUAAAAGUAAUGAUGACAAAAAUGAUUCAAUGGAAUUGGAUGAUAUACCUAACGAAACUAAAAUGGAUGUCGAUGAAGAAAAGCCACCUACUGACAUCAAAGAAAAUAAUAUUGCUCCUGAUUCAAUUCAAGAAGAAAAAGCAGAGGACAUUCAGUUACCAAGCAACGAGCCGAAUACAGAUGAAGAUAAGAGUAAUAUACCCUUACCUUCUGAGGAAAUUAAGCCCGAAAAUAUACCGCCGCCUGAAAACAGCCCACCUAAAGUUGAAUUGGAGAAAAUAGAACUGCCUAAAGAGCCCAUAUUAUCGACGGACAUUCCGUUACCAGAUGAUAUAACUAAGGAAGAAAAAGAACAAUUCUUCAAACCUAUAAACAGUGAUGAUGACGAUUCGAGUUCUGAUUCUUCACUCCGUAGAAACAUGUCACCGUUAACACCUAUCAGGAACUUUAAUAAUGAAAAUUCGUGUGAUGCUCAACAAGCAUUCGAAAAUGAUUUAGUUGAAAAUAAAGAUGACGAUAAUAAAGAACCAAAUUCAUUCAAAUUUACAAUAGACGCCAAGUCUCCUGAAAACAGUUGCGAUGCUGUCAAACCUGAAAAGAAAGAUACUGAAACAAAUUUGGCCUACCAGUUUAAUAAUCAAGUUAACAUAAACCAUUUCAAUACACCUCUAUAUGAAGAUAGUUCAAAUAGUAACAUCUUACAUAUCGAUUAUGAAAGCGACGCUAACAGUAAAAUUAAUCAAGAAAAUAAAGCAUUAGAAAAUGAUCAGAAUUCAGAGGAUUCCAGAAAGGAUCGAAAAUCAGACGAAAAGAAGAGUAGCCACAAAAGUUCUCAUCGUUCGAGGGAUUAUUACAAACAUUCAAGUAGUAGAGAUAAAAAGUCGGACUCUAAACAAUCAAGUUCUAGAGAUAGUAGCAAACAUGACAAAAGUAAAUCUUCGAAAGAAGAAAGUAAGUCUAAAUCCAGUGAUAAAGAGAGAUCUCGUGAUAGAAGUGAUAAAAAAGAUAGUAGAGAAUCUUCGAGGCAUAGAAGCUCCCAUAAAUCAAGCCAUAGAGAUUCAAAAUCUCAUCGAAGUUCCAGUUCAAGUCAUAGACAUUCUAGCAAGCAUUCUGAUGAAAAAAAGACAUCCUCCUCGUCAUCGUCAAAUCAAAAAGAUAAAGAUAAAAGUUCUGAUAAAAAUUCUAUGGAUAAACCUAGAGAAUCAAAAUCGAGCUCACAUCGAUCUGACAAAGACAGAAAAAGUAGUAGCGGUAGCAGCAAGAGCGAGAAAAGUAGUAGCAAAAAUAAAAAUGACGAUAAAGACAAAAAUAAAAAGAGCAAAAAGGAUACAGAUGAUCAUUACAGUCUAUCUGGCAGAGGUAACCCGAACCGGCGUUCAACAGACAGGGAUUCCAAUGACGGUAGCUCUUCCUCGAAAGGUUCGAGCCAUCCUUCGGGUUCUAAAACAACAGAAACUAAAAAGGAAAGCAAAAGUAGUUCGAAAUCUGAGAGUACUUCUACUGCAAGCGGUGAAUCGACAAGCCCAAGUGACAAAGAGAAUGUUGGUUACGAGCACGGAACUAAAAUUAAAGAAUCUCUUCAACAAAAACCGGUCGUUAGGAUAGAUAGUCAUUUAGAGCAGCCCGUUGUAUCGCCACCGAGGCUACCAUUUGUACCUGAUGUAACUAUAAAAAAACCUAAAUUUGCAGCUAACUUAGAGGAAGCGAAACGUUUAAUGAAAAUGCGCAAGUUUUUAGACGAGGAACAAAAGCGUAUGAAUCAAGAAGCUGCGCUGCUUUUAGAAUUCCAAGCGAAUGUGCGGCCGAGUUUGAGCCAGGUUUACUCGAGUAUUCCUGGUCCGGAAUUAGAAUUUGCUUGUGUCACGGCAACGGCGCAUAAGCAAGAAUUGCUUGUUCAGAGUAAUGAAAACAUUAAUAAUGUUUCGAUGCAUGAAAAUGUUUCUGAAUCACACUACACAAGCAAGCAACUGUUGAAUGUAUUAAACGACGCCAGUGUUGAGGUUGAAAAAAAUUCUAUUAAUAAAGUGAAAAGUGCGAACGUAGAUGUAGAUAAUGGUACACUGGUGUCAUCAGAUAACAUUGAUGAAAUAAGUAACGCAAUGAACACCGAUUUAGGACAUAACAGGUCAAACGAGGCCGCUAAACCUGAACCUAAAGGUUUAACAAAAACAAAAGAUUUAACAUCAAAUAAAGAAAGUAAGCUGCCCGUUGACAACAACCGAGCAGAACGUUUCGAAAUUACAGUUAUAGCUGAAGAACUUUCAGAACAAGAGGAUGUCGAGGAAACAAAUACUAAAGACGCAGUUGAAAAUAUCGAAUACGAAAAAGUUAUACUAGGAAAUAAAAAUAAUGAAAAACAAGCAGAGCCAAAUAUUGGUGACGAAAAUAAGUUUCAUUAUUUUGCUGAACACGAAAAAUACAACGCCGAAAUAGAAAGAGCGAGAUUUGAAAAGUUUUUGAAGGCUUACAAUGUUAAAUCGUCGAUCAGUAAUAAAAUAUACUUGAUCAAUUGCGAUAGCUAUGAGGAAAACAUACUUCGCGAAAUGUCGGCAAACUUUGGCGAAUACGAAAUAGUGAACUAUCACAGGAAUGGCCAUUUGAAAUUAUCGAAAACUAGGAAUGUUAUUAAAAACGUGAAUAUAUCCAGCGAAAUAUCUCUACCGAUAGAUGCUGACUACGAAGCAGCUAAUGAUUAUGAGAGUUUCAAGUCCCAUGUGUUUAGUCCAGACAAAUCGGAAUGUUCGUUUGAAUUGUCUAGCGAUUAUGAUGCUAAAUUAGAAGAGAUGGUGAACAAAACGUCUCGGCAAGAAAUAAUGGAAAUCAUACUUGGCAAUGUUGUCGACGCUUCGCCGAGUAAAAUGCCAAGAAUAGAUUAUUUAACAGAUUCGAACAUUGAUAGUGAAUGCGAAAAUAAUUUGAAACGUAAAAUGAGUGAUGUUGAAACAACAGUUAACAAUAAUAGACAGGUUCUUACGCCUAAUAAAAUAAGAAAAAUGAGUACGGAUCAAAUAUCAUCGACUACACAGGAGAACGAAGAAAUUUCUAACAAAAUCGUAACUAAUACUCGUUCUAAAUAUUUGGGCAAAGCGAGAAGGGUUGGCCUUCCUCGACUUAAAAGACCUACUUUGCCAAAUAGUCCUUCAAGCGACAAAUCUGUUGAAAACUAUGAACAGAACUCGCAAACUACACCACAGACGCCGAAUGGAAAAAUAAAACGUAACAAAGUUCAAAGAUACGAUACUUCGGACCUUUAUAAACCGAAACUCCAUUUUCUUUCACGAAGAAACCAUAUUACUUAAACUUUAUGUACAAAAUUUGCUUGUGAUUUGGCCCAUCACACUCUAAAUAGACGUGAAGUAAAUGUUUUUGAAAUUA